AUGCCCCGUGUUCGACCUUUGGCUAAAUGUACCUGCUUGGCGGGCGCGGACCCCAUGAUGCCACGCACAUCCGAAGGAUCAGCUGUCGAAGCAGCUUUCAUGAUGCGCAGCGGAUGGUCUCCGUUCGCGGAACCGAGCUGCAGGAAUGCAGGUACCAUGCUCGAGUCGGAGUGCGGCGAAACUGGGCCAAGUCAUCAGCCGGUAGGUGGGAUGCAAGGUACGAGUAGUAGCAGCCUAGUGACUAUGCGAAUCUCAGCCGUGCCAUGA